CGGCCACAGUUCCGUGCCUGUGCCCCCUCCCAGCGUCUGGCACUGCCAUUCUUCAGCCAUGCCUAGGAGGACAGGCCCAGGGCUGGGUGGGGCUGCGGGUGUCGGUCCCAACCCAGGACAGGACUGAGUGUGCACAGCCCAGGCGCCGGGUCCCAGGAAUCCCAGGCUGUGUGCCCUACACACACAGACGUCAGAGCACACACAUGGGCAUCACACGGGCUUGCACACGUGUCACGUGGAUGUCACCGCACACAGCCUCACAUGGGCACACAUAGACAUCACACACAGAUGUCACAGCACACACAGCCUCACACAGACAUCAUAGCACACACGUGGACCUCACGGGCCUGCACAGACAUCACACACAAUCCCAAAGCACACGUGGACCUCACAGUUAUCACAGUACACAUGUGGACCUCAUGGGCACACACAGACAUCACACACAGAUGUCACAGCACAUGUCGGCCUCACAUGGGCCUGCACAGACGUCACACACAACGCCACAGCCCACUUGUAGGCCUCACAGACAUCAUAGUACACAUGACCUCAUGGGCACACACAGGCAUCACAUAUGGAUGUCACAGCACACACAUGACCUCACGGGGACAUACAGAUGUCACAGCAUGGCUAUCACACGGCACACGAGCAUCAUACGUGGAUGUCACAGCACACAGCUAUCACACGGCACACAGGCAUCACAUGUGGACUUCACAGCACAUAGCUAUCACACGGCACAUGGGCAUCACACGUGGACGUCACAGCACACACGUGACCUCACGGGGACAUACAGAUGUCACAGCACACACAGCUAUCACACGGCACAUGGACAUCACAUGUGGACGUCACAGCACACACAUGACCUCACGGGGACAUACAGAUGUCACAGCACACGCAGCUAUCACACAGCACACAGUCAUCACAUGUGGACGUCACAGCUAUCACACGGCACACGGGCAUCACACGUGGACAUCACAGCACAGCUAUCACACGGCACACAGGCAUCACACGUGGAUGUCACAGCACACACAUGACCUCACGGGGACAUACAGAUGUCACAGCACACACAGCUAUCACACGGCACACAGGCAUCACACCUGGAUGUCACAGCACAUAGCUAUCACACGGCAUGCGGGGGCAUCACACGUGGACGUCACAACAUGCACAUAACAUCACGGGGACAUACAGAUGCCAGAGCACACACACAGCUAUCACACGGCACACAGGGGCAUCACACAUGACCUCACGGGGACACAUUGUUGUCAGUUGUGGACACAUACGCAGCUAGACAUGGACAUACAUGUGGGCACACACGUCAGCCACGGUCUGGCAUGUGCUCACCCUUCAAGGCCCCUGGAGCUGGCUGUGUGGGCUCUGCUCGGGCAGGGCCGCCUCUGCCGUCACCAGUAGCUCCUCCUGCUGCUGGCCCUGGUCCCAUGGAGUGGUUUGACCCCGUGUUCUCUCACUCUUGAUUUGCCACUCACUCUGCAGCCGCCUGUCCUGGGCCCAGCGCUGUCCUGGGUCUGGUGCGCAGCAGGCCCCACAUAGCCAGGCCCAGGUUGAGCUCAGACCAGCAGGCGUGUGCGUGUGCCUGUCUGUGUCUGUGUGUGUCUGUGUGUGUGUAUGUGAGAUUCUGGGAGUAGAGUCAUGUCUUGAAGGAAAGUAGAGCUGAGAGAGGGCAGGUGUGGGGAGCCCCAUAAAGGAGGGAGGAGAAUCUGGGCUGGGCCCAGGUGUGGGCUGGGAAGAUGCUCCCUUAGAGGGUUCAUGGAGAGGGUUGGAGGGGUCCCUUUUCUGAAGACCCCCUGGACACUGUGGCCCAGGUAACUGUCUCCCCAGGAGGCCCCAUGGGGAUGUGAGGACCAGGGACUCCCCUUGACCAGCCAGCCCCCCGCUUCCCAAACAUCCAGACAGCCCACCCCUGCUGACUUGUGUCCUUGUCCCACCAGCAUGUGAGGAACAGGGACAUGUUAGGUGGUCUUGGUGAGGACAACAUACCUCAACCAGCGGGAGAGGUUGGCUCACAGAUGUGCACGGAACAUGUUUGUCUCUUCCUAGACACAGCUCUCAUGGCCUUGCUGGUGCCCCCACCAGGACCCCAGGGCUGGUUGGAGCCUCUGAGGACCCUGGAACGCUGAGGUGCCCGUCUCUUAUACCUCUGCUCAUCUGAGGCCUGGGCGACUCCGCCCAUGUCAGGGCCAUGGCACACGUGUGUGGAGGGGAGGCAGGAGGAGGCACAGGAAGCCCAGGUGUGGGCAGAGGCCGGGAGGGCCAGGAGAUCAGGGCUCCUUGAGCUGCCUGCCAACCCUGUGCAGAGUCAGUGCCUGGGCUGUCUCCAGAGCAAGCCCGUGGGACGAGGGCCUCGUGUGUCCCUUGCCUGCAGGGCGCCGUCUGCCCUGCAGCCACAGGUCUGACGCCUCACCUGGGGUGAACGAGGGACUAGGGGGUUUGGGAAGGCGUGGGCUGUCUGUGUUUGGCGGGGGUGUCUGUAGUUCCCCUGGUAAGAGCAGGUGGGUGUGUUGCCUUUGGAGUUCUGUGUCCUUUCUCUCCUGGGGUCAGGGUCUGUGGUCCCAGCCCUGAAGGCCCCAGGCCCUUCCCGUGGCCACUCUGAGGCCUGAGGGUGGCACCUGCCUAGGCUGAGCGUGGAGCUCGGCCAAGCCUGCCCAUCUCACAGCCCCAUGCUGAAUGGGGGUUGGAGCACCUGGUUGGGGUGCUUCAGAGGGCAGGGCUGUGGCCACCCCUUUCCUUGAGGACCCCGCCUGCUGAGGCCCCCACCCAGGCCUGACCUGAGGAGUGUUGGUAGGGACUGCAGGGUAGGUCCUGGUAUCCUGGGGAGUGCAGGGUGGACCUGGCAGGUUGGGGGAUUGGCCAUGGGCAUUCUCCCCUGCAUUGGCCCAGGUCAUCCUGUGGGCCCUCAGGCAGGCACCUCUAGAGCCGCUGGGGUUGGUCCUGGGGUGCAGCUGCUUCCCUCCCUUGGCGCAGCCCUUCUGCGUGUGGUGCUCUCAUGGUGACCCAGGCCAGGCCAGAGCUCCCUUGGCCACAGGAGCAGAGGAGAGUGGUUCCGUCCUCUAGGGACACAAGCCCCCUGAUGCUGCAGCCUCCACCUCGUGGACAGGGACCCCCAUCCCACCCCGGCCACCUACCUGGCACCUUUGACCACAGAGCACCUGCAGCCCGCACACAGCCCCUUGCCUUUGUCCCUGAGCCCCAUCCCCGCCCUCCUCCGGAGCGCCUUAUGCUCCAGGCAGGGCCAGUGCUGGUCUCCAGCCACCCAGGCCCUCCCAGGGUCUGCAUGCCACCGUCUGCCCUCCGCCAUGCACGCCUGUGUCUAGGUGGUUCUCAGCAUGGAGUCCACUCUUGUCCUGACUACAAGAAGGCUGAAGCCCUGGGCGGCGUGUGGCUCACAGUGUUGGCACCACUCAGCAUAGGCGAGGGGGGCGGCCGCUUCCUCUGCUCUGUGAGGCUUUGGUGCCCAUGACUUACAUCUCCUUCUGGCUCUUUUCCUCCCUCCCUUCUGAAAAAUGCACUAUCUUAUGUACACACAGGAAAACGUGGUACACAUUUACACCCAAGAACCGCCCCCCGAAGUCCAUCUGCAGAGCAGGCUCCUACAUCACGCACCCCCUGAGGCCCCCUUCCGCCGCAGUUGCCCCGUGAUGACCCAGGUCCCGCUUCCUGGAGCAGGGGCCUCCCCCAGCUCUGCUGAGGUGCCUGCCUCCUGUUGAUCGGGGUGGUGACCUGGGUCUUGUCUGUGUUUUUGCAUGACCCAGCAGUUCCUUCCUGACGACAGUUCCAUCACAUGGACCCAGCAUGAUUCCCUUGUCCAGACUCUCGGUGAUGAAUUUUCUAAGUUUGUGGCUAGAAUAUCACAAAACUUCUGUGAGCACAUUUCUCUUGGAUUUGUUCCUUGGAGUGGAAUUUUUGUGUCCCAGAGCAGGACGUGGCUUCUCGCUCAGGCAGCUGCGUCCUCGCCAGCACUCCGUGUUGUGGUCUGUGUAAUUCUAGCCACUCCAGCAGGCAUUUUGUGGUAUUUUCAUCUUAAACUGCAGUUUCCUGAUAACCAAGGAGGCCAAGCACCUUUUCCUGCCCUUACUGGCCACUGGCAGUGCCUGUGUUGUGAAGCACAGAGCCCUUCACAGCUUUCCUUGUGUUUUCUGCUGUGGUCUUUUCCGUGUUGCUUACAAAGCCUUCACGUGAUCUGUGUCAUUCUCGUCAGAUCGAUAUGCACCGUGGAUAUUUUCAUAAUUUCAAAAUGUUUGUUUUUAAAUAUUUCCCAGUAUCUCAGGCCACGGCUUGACUUUUCACUUUCUUGGCGUCUCUGCAACGAGAACACGUUUUCAAUGCUGAUGAAGCCCACUGUAUCACCUGUUGAUUUUUACAUGAAUGUCUUUUGUGUUGUGAGGAAUCUCGCAUGGUCAUGCAGGUGCUCUGUGUUUUCUUCUGGAAGCUUUUACCUCUGGAUCCAGGGUCUUCUGGGUUGCCACUCACGCGUGAUGUGAGGCUGGGGUUGUGGUCUGCCCUUUCCCAGGAUGGCAGGUCACUGCAGCACAUGUGGGGUCUCCUUCCCAUUGGCUUGUUUGUGCAAAGGCAGCUGGUCACAUGUGAGUGGGUCCGCCUGGACACUUCUGUUCCGUUGAUCUGUUUCUCUUCCCUGUCUCCUGUAUUACACAGUCCACACGGCAGUGAGCCUGGAGGUCUGGCAGGCGGCGUUCCCUGUCUCCUGUGCCACACCGUCCACACAGCAGUGAGCCUGGAGAUCUGGCAGGCGGCGUUCCUUGUCCCCUGUGCCACGCCGUCCACACGGCAGUGAGCCUGAAGGUCUGGCAGGCGGUAUUCCCUGUCCCCUGUGCCACGCCGUCCACGUUCCCUGUCCCCUGUGCCACACUGUCCACACAGCAGUGAGCCUGGAGAUCUGGCAGACGGCAUUCCCUGUCCCCUGUGCCACGCCGUCCACACAGCAGUGAGCCUGGAGGUCUGGCAGGCGGCGUUCCCUGUCCCCAGUGCCACGCCGUGCACACGGCAGUGAGCCUGGAGGUCUGGCAGGCGGCGUUCCCUGUCCCCAGUGCCACGCCGUGCACACGGCAGUGAGCCUGGAGGUCUGGCAGGCCAUGUUCCUUCGGCAUGCUCUUUUCCAGGGUCUUGGCUGUUUUAGGUCCUGCUGUGCGUUUCCAUUUCCAUUCUGCAAUCAGCUCUUCAGUUUUCAUUUUGUUGAGUCCUUAACGUCAGUUUUGGGAAUGCUGACUUCCUAAUGAUACUGAAUCUUCAGGACACAAAUAUGACAUUGCUCCCUUUAUUUUAAUCUUUCUUUACAGCAUUCUGUCAUUAGUAGAAGGAUUCCACAGAGUUCAUUCAGUUUAUUGUUCGGCAUUUGGCAUUUGUAAUGCUAUAUUACAAAUGGGUUUUGCCACGUUGGCCAGGCUGGUCUUGAACUCGUGAUCUUAUGUGAUCUGCCCGCUUUGGCCUCCCAAAGUGCUGGGAUUAUAGGUGUGAGCCACUAUGGCCUGUUCUUUAAGAAAGUUGUAAAUUCUUUUCUAUCUGCUUUUGUUUGGGCACCGUCUGCUGACUUUGAGCCCUGCCUUCAAGCUCCCGAUCCUUUUUGCUGUUCAUUUCAUCCAGGGAGUUCUGUUUCAGAGAGGGUGUUUAGUUCUGGAAUUUCUGUGUGGUUCUUUAUCCUCCGUCUUUCUGCUGUUUACAUCCACACUUAGUGUCAUUUCUGAGCACGUUUAGAGUAGUUAUUUAAGAGCCUUUGCUGGCUGAUUGGAGCCUCGGUCAUCUGUGGGUUCGUUGCUUCUAGCAUCUUGUUCUGAUGAGAAACCACGUCUUUCUGCCGUUCACCUGUGUUAUUAUAGUCCCUAUCGUAAGCAGGACGUCGUGCGGGAAAGAAUAGCAGAGACUAAAGCAAAGAAUCGUCUCCCCCACACAGCUGCUGCUCUCCCGUGCCAGGCAGGGGACACUGGGCUGGGGCUCCAACUAGUUUUCGCCACCGGCAGCCCAACUCCCUGGGCUUUCUGUUCAGUGCAGUGGGAAGCCGAGUCUCUUCUGCCUUCUGCACUGGGGGAGGUGCCUCUCCCCUCCUUUUCCUGCCCACUCGGUGGGAUUCCCUGGUAGGGGGUUUGAUGGGCGGGGCUGUUCCUACUCCUGAGGAGCUCCCUGGGGACUUGGGCCAUUGUUUCCACCCUCAGAAUCCUGCACCCACCUCCACCCUGCUGAGCCCACCUCCCUGGACUGGGUACUCCAGCUGUGGCUCCAACCCUCGGAAUCCUGCUUCCACUCCGCCCUGUGAGCCCUCCCUGCACUGGGUUUCUGUGUGGCUCCUCUGGAACCCUCCGUCUUUCUGCUACUUACAUCCACACUUGGCGUCAUCUCUAAGCAUGUUUAAAGAGCUUUUGCUGCAACCACCAUGUUCCUUCUAGAACAGGUGCCUCUCUUUCUAGGAUGUAGUGUGUUGAGGUGGUCCUCAGCUCUUCUGACUGGCCUCCCAGCCUCCUCCCAUCCUGUUCCCUGGGCAUUGGGCUGCGUCCGGCUGUCCUGUCUGCCUGGUAGUCUGGUCUCCGUGGCCCUCAGGGCACUGUGGGCCCCUCACACAUGCUGUUCCAGCUCUCCAGCUCCCUUCCUGCCCCUCAUGUCUCUAGCAAGCUUGGCCUUCUCAGGGAGGCCUGCCCUGGCCGCCGCCUUUGAAACUGCGUCCACUCCCCCGCCUGCCCCAGCACCCACCCUGCUUCCUUCCUUUGCAGCAGUUUCCUCCUACGCAAUACAGGAGAGACUGCAUUUAUGGGCUGGGGUCCUAUGUCCUUAUAGCCGUGUCUGGGCUUCUGAGUCUGUGCCCACACUGUUGGCUCACAGUGCGUGCGUGCACCCUGCAGACCUUCCCUAGGGCAGAGCCAGCCCCAGCCAGACUCGGUGGCCCUUGCUCUGAGGGUCCUGUGCUGGGACCCGCACCAGCCUUGGACUGCUGGGGUGGGGACAGGCAGUUGGAUGUGAAGGGCGCACAGCAGGGCUGGGGGACGGGCAGGCAUGUCUGCCCGGGUGGCCUCCACUGCUCCACACAACCAGGACGGGACGUAACCCCAGCGGGACCAUCCUGGUCUGGAAGUUUCCCUCCUGCCCCAUUUGCCAUCUCCACCGAGCUGUGGCUGGAAUGGAGGUGCUGGAGACACUGAUAGGUGGACCCGAAAGCAGACCGUUGGUGGGGCCUGGGCACACGUGGCGUGUGUGGGCCAGGUGGAGACCUGCUGACUGGUCCCUUUGACACGGAGUGGUUCAUGUUUUGUCCUGUGGACAGGCCACAGUGGGGGUGGCAUGGCUGACAGGUGAUGUGGACCCAGGGGCUAGCUCACCCCUUUCCACCCCUGUGCACAGCCUCUGCCUUGGCAGCGGGCACGUUGGAGGCAGACAUCUUGUGUGGAGUGGGCGUGGGCGCCCAAGGUGUCAUCCUCGGCAGACAGACGGUCAAACUGAGGUGCAGAGGCCACUCUGACCCUGGCUGUGGGGGCUGGCCUCCUGGCCGUGGGUGAGCAAGGGUCUCAUGCUGCAUUUUGACGC